AUGAAUUCAGACAGGAGCCGAUCGCGCCGGGAGCGCACGUUCGUCGGGAGCGAGUGCGCCGUAUGCGAGGAGCCGCUCGAGCACACGCUCCGCGGCGAGAGGAUACUGCAGUUUUCGUGCACCCACGUGUCGCACGAAGCCUGCUUCUACGAGUUCAUCCGCGAAUUCGAGUCCCAGUACUGCCCAACAUGUAAUGCGCCACUUCACCUCGACACCAGCCGCGGCGGCAAUGUGCUUGAUAUCGAGAAAAUCAGUAACAUGGUCCGCGCUGUAUCGGUAAACGACUCACGUUCUCAGGGGACUCCGACUCCGACGCAGCCGUGGGACGACCAGACGGCGCGGCCGCCAAGCCGGGGAUCCAGCUCUAGGCCCGGUGCCAUGGGUUCAAACGGCCAUCGCGACGCAGCGCCCAGGAGCGGAGGAGGUUUGCGCGACAGCCGCGACAGCCGCGAUGCCCCAUCAUCCGACCACCGCUAUACAACACAAUCGUCGAGGCAUGCGCGGAGCGACAGCGAGGCAACCGGCGUGGCCUCGUCGGGAGGCUACCCCGAGACAACGCAGAGCGGGCCGCCGAGGCGACACGAUUACGACGUCCAGGCAAUGGAGACAUCACUAGCGAGUCCCCGCUCGGUGACGCGGAACCCCAUUCCGGCGCCAACGGUUACGGUGCGGUCGGAAUUCCCAACCAUUAACAGGUCCCGGCAGCAGCAGACGCUCACUUGCCUCAUCACGGUCGAGGUGACCGACAACAAGUGGCAGCCCGACCCCGAGGAUCUGCAGACGGCACCACCCCCGGCACCACCGAGAGCAGAAGAGUCUUUUGCACGGCCACCGUCACCCGCGCGGAGCGCGCCGCGCUUCUACCCUUACGAUUCGGCCGAGGUGCUGGCCGAGGCGACUGAAGUCUUACACAAACGAGUCGACAACUGGCACGGCUUGGACUUUAGCCGAUUUGGAAAGCUCCGGCUGUACGGCACGCUGCGCGUGGGAAAGGACAAGGUGUCGUGGCAGGAGCUGGAAUGCUUCCUGUUUGCCGAAAUGCUUAUCUGUGUCAAGGAGAAGAAGCACGCACAGGCGGCGCCCUCGACGCAGUGGGACGACGAUGCGCCGCGGAAAUCACGCUGCACGCUGAAGGGGUCCAUUCUCAUCAAGAAGCACCUCAACGAGGUGUCGGAGACAGGCAACAUAGACGAGAACAUCUUGACGCUGAGCCUAUCUGUAGCUGAGCUGCCUCAGUUCCACCUCCGCUUCGAGAACCGCAACCAACUCAAGCUGUGGCAACAGGCACUUCUGGACCUCAACGCCGUCGAGACUUCGCCGGUGCGCAGCCCAGACUAUGAUCGUGGCGAAUUCUCCGAGACGGACGAGGAUGACUGGCAAAGAACGCCGGCGUCGUCCCGGCCACAGCGUGUUUCCUCACUUGCCUCUUCGUGGGGCGGCGCAAAGUCGGCGACCACCGCGCCAACCGAGUACACAAACUUUGCACGAAGCCCACUGCUUCCGUCGGUCCAUGUGCCCGUCGACGUUGUUGUCGUGGUUCCCAUCUCUGCGUCCAUGCAGGGUGUGAAGAUCAACUUGGUCCGUGACGCCCUGCGAUUCAUGGUUGCGGCCCUCGGCGAACGCGACCGCAUGGGACUCGUAACCUUUGGGUCAUCUGGCGGGGGCGUCCCUAUUGUCGGCAUGACCACCAAGGCCUGGGGAGGCUGGAGCAAUGUGCUGAACUCGAUCAAGCCCGUGGGCCAAAAGAGCCACCGUGCCGACGUGGUCGAGGGCGCAAACGUGGCCAUGGACCUUCUCAUGGGCCGGAAGUACAACAACCCCAUUGCCACCAUCAUGCUCAUCAGCGACGCGUCGACAUCCGACGCCGAUAGCGUGGACUUUGUCGUGUCACGCGCCGAAGCUGCAAAAAUCGCUAUACACUCGUUCGGCCUCGGAAUGACGCACAAGCCCGACACCAUGAUUGAGCUGUCAACAAGGACGAAAGCGUCGUACACUUACGUAAAGGACUGGAUGAUGCUUCGCGAGUGUUUGGCUGGGUGUCUGGGAUCCAUGCAGACACUAUCGCAUCAAAACGUCAAGCUCAAGCUCAAGCUGCCUGAGGGAUCGCCAGCCAAAUUCCACAAAAUCAGCGGCGCGCUUCAGAUCACGAAGCGUGCAACGGGCCGUGAUGCCGAAGCGGCUCUCGGGGAUCUCCGCUUUGGCGACAAACGCGACAUUCUCGUGCAGCUGGUCAUCAUGCCCGACAACGCAUCUCAAGAGCAGCUGCCACAAGACCCCUGGGACAACAUUGUCUCGGGGCUAGAGGCUCUAGGAGGCUCCAUAGACCAGGAUGAGCAGAGGGCCAUCUCCGUCGAGGAGGUUCCGCUAAUCCAGGCCGAUCUUUCCUGGGGCGACAUCCUUCGAGACGGGACGUCGCAGCACGCGCGGACCAGCCUGCUGGCAAUCACGAUGCUGCCGGCAUCUUCAAACUCGAAGAAGCCUUGGGGCAACUCGCCUCCAAUUCCCCCGCACCCACACAUCGUGCAGCGACGCAUGGAGCUGCUAACGUCGGAUAUGCUGACGCGCGCCCUAACGCUGGUCAGCAGAGGCCAGCACGACCGCGCUCAUACACUAUUGAACGAGACACGUUCCAUCCUCAAGGGGCUCGGCAAGGGAGGCCUUCCUCCCGUACCUCCUUCCGCACCACCUGCCAAGUCCCAGCCCUCGACCCCCCGCACAGCAACCGACACCUCCCCAACCUUGACUGGCACACCCGACAGGAAGAACACGCCAUCGCCAACGUCGGCGAGCCAGCUGACGGGCAGCACCUUCCCGCCGCCCCUGAUACCCCGUAGCCGGUCUAAUGACGGACUGGGCCUCGGCGGCAUGGGAACGGCGGCUGGCAUUGACGCCAAUACGGUGGCGGCGCUUGAUGCGGAGCUUGAGUCCAGCCUCGAGUGGAUCAACCACCCGGCCGUCUUUGGGCGAGACAGCCGCAAGGCGGUGCUCCAAGCAAUCGGCGUCAUCAGCUCCCAGCGCGCCUUCACCUUCCGCACGCCCAUCGAGAGCCUAUGGGCCGGGCGUGUAAGCGGGGUGAAGCGGCUGACGGGGAAGAGCCGCGAAUGGCGUGAGGAAGGGGGCGGCGAGCACGGCAUCAUGGAGGAGGCGUAA